AUGCUCUCAUAUCACGCCUUUGAAGAUGAGACUAUGCACUUUCGCUUGCAACAGGCCCAGCAACAUCGCAAUCGACUGGCUCGUACUCUACAAGGCCGCGGUGGGCUACGGCUUGAACAGCGUAGACGCAUUUGGCUGGUAUGUGUUCAGACCUCUCAACUUUAUGGCCUCAGUGCGGUAGGUAUCACCGAAGCGGGCUACAAUCUGUUGCGCAUUCAGACGAUGAAGCAUGUUCGAGCCUUUGCAAAAUCUCCGCGGCACCUUACCCAGGAAUCCGAUCGCUCUCUUUUGGACAGGCUUGGACUCUGUGCUCCCUUGCAGACGUUGAUGCAACAGGUGGAUGGGAUUUAUCACCGUUUGGAGCAGCCUGAAUUCAGCACGCUUCCUUGUUAUGACAAUGCAGGCCUGCUGGGAUGGUUCCGGGGUAUACGAGACGACCUGCGACUGCUUGCGACCAAGACUCUGGGAGACAGCGUUACAUCGGAACCCCCGCCGGAAGCCGGUGUGCAGGAUGUGCCGACUGGGAUGGUGUUCGACCCGCCGGUCCUGCCAGCGACUGAGGGUACCACGACGGUAAAGACUCAUGAGGGACGUGCGCACAAAAAGUUCGCUCCCAAGCGCGUAGUUGCUGACAUUGUCUCCUACUCUUUGAACGGUCUUCCUACGUGCAAGCUUUGUCGCGCAUCUUUUGCGUGCUGGACUGGUCUUCGCAGACACAUUGAGGAAAAUCGCUGUCCUGGUCUUCGGGAGGAACCGGUGCCUGUGUCGCCAGUGCACGAUGCCGCCGAUGUUUCUGGCCCACGGCCGUCUCAGGCGACUGCCACAGCCACCGCUCUGGAUGUGGCCGAUGCUGCACAGCCGACUACAGAAGGUUCGUUGAUGGCAACGGGUUCUGUUGCAGCCUCUACUUCUUCGGGUCCUUGGGACUCGGGUCCCGCACAGGCCUUCGAGUCUGAGCCCAACCACGCCAAGCCCUCCUCUGAGGGCGCCGAUUGCAGUUCAUGGAAGCAGGAUGCUCUUGUUUCGGCGAGCGUUCUUCGACCUGCAAUCCAGUGGGACACCGUUUUGAGUAUUAGGCCUCCUCGUUGGGAAAGCAUAGUCCGUGUGCCCGGAAUCAUCUCCAAUCUUCAAUCUUACUGCGGAGUCUGCGGGAAGUGGAUAGCAGAGAAAAAGGGGAUGAAGCGCCAUUGGCAGAAGUCACACCCUGAGCUUUGGAAUUCACACUAUCCGCUGGUGCUCCAUUGGUGCAAACACUGGGCCAAGUCGGCGGACGCGGACGGCCAACUACGCUCUCUUUUCGGCCUGAUGCCGGCGCUCCAGGCUCAACAGGCUCAGGAGACCGGCAACAGCAUGGACGUGGACAGAACAUCCACCAAACGGAAGGAUCCAGCCACGAACACAACACGCCAAGGCUCGCAGAAGGGCAAAGGCAAAGGGGGGCGCGGCAAGUACGGGAGGGGAGGCAUUGCCUCCCACCAGAAGCCAUCGGGGGAUUCAGAAGACUCUUCGGACUUGCGCAGUCUGAUCCAGCACAUGGGGCGGAUGGUACUGCAGCAAGCGGAAGCGACCAACCGCAUUUGCUUGGACUCGGGGUUCCUGCUUGUGCUUCAGACACCGCCCCAUCCCGGCAGUGUGACGCGGGCCCUAUGCCAGGUGGGCGAUGCUUGGAAGCUGAAGGCCAAAGAGGCUCCGACAACUCUAACAAUGUCGCUGAAGAUGGAGAUCCUCGAAUGUCUCUUUCGGGAAUUGGUUGCUCGGGCGAAUAUGACCAUGAAUACACCCGAAGCCAAGACAGAGGCCCAAAGAUUGGGUCUUCUCAAGGAGGACUGUUGGACAUAUCGUCAAUGGAACCCGGCCAAAAGCGAGAAUCAGACCACAAUGAGCAAGCCUGUUUCCCAUCAGGAGUUCUGUCAGGGGGUCGAGGACUUUCUGGCUCACAUCCAGAAGUGCGAUGGUCUCACCAGGUUCAAGGCCCUGCAGGAGCUUACCCCCGAGACCACGAAUGCGGCCGUUCCGUUCCUUCUGGAUGUGAGUUUCCGGCAGGAUCAGAUUCAUGCCACGCUGGUGCGAUGGAUAGGCCUCAGCCCCUUCGAAUUGAUUGGGGCCAGGAUGCGACAGGUUCACGCCAAGGCCUCGCCUCAGCAGACCAAAUUGUACGAAAUGCUGCGCAACAUGUGA